AUGCCUCCCAAAAAAUCAUCUUCCACCAAAAAGUGCGCUAACCCGCGGAUGGAAACUCCUGUCAUCGACUUCGUGAUGCGUACCCGCAGUGGUGCGCCUAUCAACCAACGCAUGACAUUGAUAUUCGUCUUUGAAAGCUUCAGACUAAAACACUACCACCCGCCAAAAAAAUCAAACCUACCCCCCUUGCCGAGGGGGAACUCGUUCAUGAGCUUCGACGACUACAGCGCCAUACUUGCCCGGCGCGCGAAAUCCUCCGUUGCUACCACAGAGCCGCGCACUGACGCUGAGUCUGAUACCCAAGACCACCCGAAGACUGAUGACCUUGUCACGGACGAUGAGGACAACAGUGAAGGACAAGCGGAUGCUCACAAGGGCGAUCCCAAAAUUCAUGAAUCCUUACCCCCCUCUGAUACUCCAGAGGAUGAAAAUUCUUCCUUGGAUGGCGCCCCUUCCUCGGAGAACAACUACCCCGUGAUCCUUCCUCUUCGGAAGAGGAGUCUGACGAAGAUGAUGAUGAAUACAAAGAAGAUCAAGAAGCCGACUGAAGAAAAAGAAGAAGGCGACGACAACGACGACAACGACUUACCUGCGCCUCCAUCAAAGACGAAAUUGCCCCAGAAGCGCGCACCUCCAAAAGCUCUCCCCCCAAAAUCCACAGUAACAGGGACUCCCCCGUCCACCCAGGUACUCCAGGCUGCCAUGCAUGUGACGACGAAGUCGGUCGAGAAGAGUCCCGUCUCCAGUGCUCUGCCAAAAAGCUCCAUGGCAAUGGAGACUGAUGACGACGACAAUGACCUUCCCGUCACUUCUAGACCUGGGCGGCUGUGCCAGGAAGGCAUAGACGACGCGCAGGAGCUCGGGCGCAAGACACUUCACGCUGCCAAGUUAAUUGGGCCGAGACCCCAUGGAAUAUGCACCCAAGGAUGGUACAAAGGAAAAUAUCCUCGAGAAACCGAUGAAGAACUUAGUGAUUGGAGAAAGAGACAGCGCGACCACUACUACAGCCUUGAAGACAGCGACCCGCUGUGGGAUGACAUACAAGCGCACUAUGAUGGUCACUUGGGCGGUGCUAGUAACAAUCGAUCGCGUGCCAGUAUUGUUAUGUCUACAAGGGACGCACUCGCUAAGUGUUUUGCAGCUUAUUCUCGCCUAGAAGGCAUUGAGGUCAUUGGCUGUGUCUUUGAUUCGACUCCUGAUGAGGCGGCCCGACAGGCCUCGGGUUUUGUCGCAGGCUCAUCCACCUUCAUGGAUGUCAUCAAUGCACGCCAAGUGGACGCCCAACUUGCGUUAGAUUGGAUUAUUACUGCAGCAAAGGCAAAAAACUACCAGCUCGCAAUGCCGCGGUUUGGGGGGGCAUAUGAUAUUUUGUUUUCGAAGCCUGGUGAAGCCCCACGGGACCGUUACCGACGUAUCUGGCCGGUCAUGGUGCUGGAGAAACUAGAACAAUUCGGCUACAAAACGAAGUCUGUCCAGUGGCGGAAGUUACUCGACGUUGCAUACCAGAACAAGUUUCAAUUCGAACUCUGGCCUGACGAAGUUCCCCCAGUUGGCCCAGACUUCAACUACCACACCCUCAGCGCACAACAUCUGAAGUUACUCGUCGUGCCUUACAUCAAGCGCAGGGCUUUGCAAUAUUAUGACGCCGAACUGAAGACUGAAGCUGAGAGCUUACUCGAACUUCGGCGCAAGCAAGGACGGAGCGAAAAAACUCUUGAUGAUAUCAUUGACGAGUUGGACGUCGCUGUGUCUGAGAUUGAUAUUGUUCCUUGGCCCAAAGAUCACAUCGAGCAAUGUGAAAAAGACGACCCUAACAUGUUUGAUAUUCCUUUGGUCACCAGCGCUUCCAAUAUCGUGCUCCGGAAACUCGCGGACUCCGAGAAAUUCAAGCACUCCAUCCCCCAAGGGUUGCUUCAAAAAUACAAGGAAGCAACAUCAGUACGUGGUUCGAAUGUCGGCGUUCCUUCGGGAGGAAGGCAGCUUGGAGAUACUACUCGGGAUCGCCAGUCUCAACAACAGACCUCCGCUGCUCGUGAAUAUUCGAUUGUUUGUGAGAACCACUACACUGAUGAUGAAGUCUCGCAAGCGACCACAUGCAGAGGAUUAUGGCAAGUCCAUGAAUUACUUGCAGAUUCUCUUCUAAUCGAGUGUCCAGCAGAUGAACAACUUGAAUCUGAGGCUGAUAGCUUGAAUGCAUCAGACUCUCGCAUCACGAAGAAGUCGAAGGUCGUACGUCAUCGUGAUGGUGCGCCGCAUGUUGAAUUGCCACCUCCGCACUUUGUCCCUGCUCAUCCUCGACCUCGACUUCAAUCUCGACCUCGCCCUCGCCCUCGCCCUCGCCUUCGUGCACCUACACCUGACUACGAACCGCGUCAACACUGGGAUGAUGAGGUACAGCAGGUGUCUCCGCAUCAUCUUCAUUCCUAUGGGCAUAAUGUUGCCCAUCAUCAUCGCCAUGAUUUUCCGGCUGCAGGCCCUUCGAGAGUGGUUGCAAGGGCACGUGAGAGAUCCGAUUAUGACAGGAACACUCCGGCUCCUGGGUAUGAUUCAUAUGAUCGUGAUUUUGUUUACCGUGACUAA